UUCAUAAAGGAACGAGUAGAAACUGCUAUUUGACUACUGAGUCCUACGUCUAAAUUACACCAUAUGAAAAUAAAUCCUUAAACUGUGAAUCUAAAGGUUUUUGGAAUCAUCUCGCUGUAACUAUCAUUUUCAGAAAAACUGGCUCAUCAGCUGCUGUCCUUCGAUCGCCGCUGAUUCGUUGGCGCGAAGGAUGAUGCAUGAAAGUUUAGGAUCGGUUGCUAAUAGAUGCGAUGUGAUGGAUGAACAGUAUCAUGAACAUUCUGUAAUGACUGGAUGCCGAUACUAUGUAUAUCGUGAUGACGAGAGUCUCGGAUUUGUAGAGAUGCAUAAAAAGAAGAAGGAAGAUAAUAAUAUUGGAUAUUUUCAACCAGACAGAAAUCAACUCAGAGAUUUAGACGUAGAAUCUGAAAGCAAUCGACAGAAAGCUCUGGUAGUGAAGGAGGAUAUCACAUGGGAAACUAUAAACUGUGCAAAAGAAAGAGCAUGCAAUGAAGGUAGGAUUCAAAAGAGAAUGGAAAGUAUUCCUGAAGCAGAUCCACUCCCUGAUGUUUCCUCUGCAGCAAGUAGAAGGAUAUUUUUCGAACAGCAAAUGAAAAAAAGUUAUCCAAAAUCAAAUCGAGCAAGAAGUUUGUGCUCACUCAACUGGAAUGUACCGGGAAUGAGGCAUGGUCGAGUCUUCAGUCUCGAAGAUUGCUUGCAGCUAUCGAGCAUGGGAAUAUCAACUCCUGCUCCUGGCAAAAAUGCGUAA